AAGCAGGUGUUCCUGGAGUUGUUGGUGGGACAAUGGUUAUGACUGACUGUGUGGACAGUGGGACGCAGACAGAUAUUAGUUUCCCACACAUGGUGACAUUAGGCAGGCCUGUCCAUCACAACAGACCAGCAUCACCUCCAUCACCUCCACUUCCACCAGUGCCAGAGCCUUACCUCUUCAACCAGCUUCCUCCAAUGGAACAUGUGUACUAUGACCCAACGGACUACUUCGACAUUAGUCAACAUGAGGUGGACAGACAAGAUGACCUGGAGUAUGAGGAAGUGGAACUGUACAAACCUUGCCAGCAAGAUAAACUGGGUUUAACAGUGUGUUAUCGCACUGAUGAUGAAGAGGAUCUGGGGAUCUAUGUGGGUGAGGUCAACCCCAAUAGCAUAGCUGCUAAGGAUGGCCGAAUCCGUGAAGGAGACAGAAUACUACAGAUAAAUGGAGUGGAUGUUCAGAACAGAGAGGAAGCCGUGGCAAUCCUGACCAGAGAGGACAGCACCAACAUCUCUCUGCUACUGGCACGACCAGAUAUUGAGAAUGAGGCAGAUGAUCUGGAUUUUGAGUUGAGUGUUGGCCAUCUAGAGCACUUGGAUAAUGCUUCGAACUUACCCAGCCCUCAGCAUCGUAGUAAAACCAGAUCCUUACUCGGUGACCUCAACGGAAUCAGAGCUGGUCGGCCAAACUUGUGGCACACCGCACUUAAUAACAGCCAGGAGCUGGACAGUGGAGUGGGUCGCACAGAUGAAAGCACACGCUGUGAGGAGUCCUCAGAACAUGAUCUACUGGCUGAUGAUGCCACCAGCGCAUGCACAACCAACGCCACCAAUACACCUGGCAGCAUGCGCAAGUACCAUGCUGCUCCGCAUGGAUUGGAAUUCCACUACAGCAAUGACUCACUACUGGGGCAAGAUGGAGUUGGACCAGGAGACCAUGGGGUCCCAGAAUCACUGGGGCCAGUGACAAGUAGAGUUCUGAUGACAGGGUUAACGGAGGAGGAAUAUGAACGUUACCAUGAGCUACUGGAGCUCCGUUGCCUUUAUGAGAAAAAUGGAAAUGCAUUUCUUUUGGAUAGGAGGAACUUUGGAGCAGGAGGAGAUGAUUCUGCUGUAGGAGGUGUUCCAUUAGAGAUGAAAUGUAAUGAGAGUCUGAUACAUCAUGAGAUUACUCUUCUAGAGGAGGAAAUUCGUCACCUGGAGUUUAAGUGGCGCAAUAUUUUGCGGGCUCAAAAGAUGCAGCAAUUACGUCAACGUUGCUUAAAGGUCUGGCCAGCUGAUGAAGAGGAUGAUGAAGAAAAGGGAGCAAAUGCUAGGUGUGGAGGUGCUGAUGCACUUCAUCAUGAUCUGUCAGACAUCAACGAAAUUCCAGAAAGGGAACGCUCGGACAAGGAGAGUACAAGCGCCUAUAAUACUGGUGGGGAAAGUUGUAAAAGCACGCCUUUGGCAAGUGAACGGCACCCUUCGCCAUCUGCGGCUGGAGAUUCCAGUGCCUCUGCAACUAUGCGACCUUGGACGCCACGUCACAGAACAAGUACAAGCCGUGACAAGAAUCUAAACUUGCCUUCAUCAGAUUCCAAAAGAAAGAAUGAAGAAACAGGGGAUAGAAGAAACUCUAGUCCAGCAACAAGGCUUCGUUCAUUAUCUCGGAAUGGCGGCAACAGUAGAAAGGGCUUGGAUGGAGCAAGUAAGGGGUCCCAUGCAAAUGGGACUCUGUCUCCUGGGAUAACAAAAGGGGGGAGGAGUGCAGAGAACAGUCCGUAUCUAUCCCGUCGCCAUUGCGGGACCACACUGCCUCCACGUUACCAGAGUUGCAUGCACUUGAGGGACAUCUCUACCAUUGAUAGUCCAGAAGUUAGGGACAACUUUGAAGAAGUUCCUGCUCAACUGAAUACCAUGAAUUGUGUAAACAGAGACUCCGCAGGUGCCCCUGCUAGUUCUAUAAUUACGCCACCACCUCAAUCUUCACCUCGAAUGGAGUGGAAGGUCAAGAUCCGCAGUGACGGCUCACGCUAUGUUGCUAAACGUCCAGUUAGAGAUCGUUUACUGAAAGCCCGUGCCAUGAAGAUUCGGGAGGAGCGCAGUGGGAUGACCACGGAUGAUGAUGCAAUCAGUGAAAUGAAGAUGGGGCGCUACUGGAGCAAAGAGGAACGCAAGCAGCAGCUGCUAAGAGCUCGUGAACAACGGCGACGCCGUGAGUUCAUGAUGCAGAGCCGACUGGAUUUCUUGCGCGAGAAAGAGAAGGAGCAAGAUUCCGGGCCACAGGGUCAUGCUUCCAUACUUGAGUUGAGUCAGAAAAAAAGCAUGAAGAAACGAAGCCGACGCAUCCUGGACAACUGGAUCACCAUACAGGAGCUCCUGGCACAUGGGACCAGUUCAGUUGAUGGAAAGAAAGUGUACAACCCUUUGCUAUCUGUGACCACUGUUUGAUAAGCAGAGCGAAACAGUCUGGACAACUAAAAGACUAAAGUACAGUGAAAACAAUGGGGUACAAAAGGUUGUGUCUAGAAGGAAACCGUCAGGAUGGGAAAAGUCUUGUGAGAGUCAGAUGCAACAUUCAUACACAGUAUUUCUUUUUGGAGUCCCAUAUAAACCCUUCACAUACCCUUACCCCUAAACAUAACCCUAAUAUUUACCUUAACAUUAGUAACAGCAAAUGCAACACUCACAAGAAUUUCCUGCCUGUUGGUUACCUUAUAGAUGCUACAAAAUUAAGAAAAAAAGCAAAAGUAUUUGAAUUUAAGUUUACCAAUGAUUUGUGGCUGUCCAAUUAAGAUGAUAAGAAGCUUAAAUCAACAAAUAAUGGAGAUGGAUAUAAAUGUAUGCUAAAAAAAGGCAAGUGAAUGUACAUUUUUUGUAAUUAAGAUGAACUCUGGUGAACUCUCACAUGAACUCUUAAAUGCACAAGCAGAAUGUUUCAAAGUAAAAAGCAGCAGUGGUCUUAAGCAUUUACAAACAAUAGUACAUCUUCACAAAUAAUUUUCAAUGUAUACAUUAAAUGUAUCUAUACAUUUAUAGAUAACCACUUAAACCAGCAUACACCAUGUCAUAAUUUUUGCUGAAUAUGUGUGAUCUCCUUACUGGUAAAAUUAGAAAGUUGGCAAUAUCACGCAUAUUGCAAUAUUAAGCUUACUGUAACUGUUAACUGGAAUUAAUUUCAUAAAGAAGCACAUGAAUCAUUGAAGAACCAAAAAGCACACAAAGAGCGAAAAGUACACACAAAUAGGCACAACCAAUGAUAAUGUCAAACACUGACAUUGUCCAAAGAAUAUCUGAUGCAAUGAAAAAUAAAUUGGGAUAAUUGUCAACUCAAGGAUUAAAUGGGAUAUUAAUGACACAAAUUAAUUAUUUUGUUGUCAGCUUGCAAAAUCUCAUUUGAAACUGUACCCUUGAUAUUGUAAACAUUUUGCAUGAUGUUGUCUAGAAAUGUUGAAACUAAAGGUAUUUUCACACUGCGCUUAACCCCGGGUUAUUGUAUUUUUAAACACGCUUUUAACCACAGGAAAUGCACUAUUUCACACUGUACAAUUUGUAAACCUUGGGAUAGCAUUCUUAUUUACAAUAUUAUUUGCCGAACUCAAUGAUCUCCACAAUUCGGUCGCAACAGACACACGACCUAUUAAUGGAGCUGCUCUUCUGUGGAAAAACGCUUACAAAAAAAAAAUCUAAACUAGAUGCAAACUUGCAGCUUGUUAUUUUCACAUGCAAAUGAGCUUGUGAUUUGCCGCAAACGUUUGCCAGAAGUUUGCAGCUCUUCGCCGGUAGUGGUCACAAUCCGGCAAACCUCUGACAACAAUGGACAAUUAGCCAAAAGUUUUCUGCAAAGCUCAUUUACAUGUUAAAAUUAUCAGAGGCGAAUUUGUGACACCGGAUCGGUUCACCAUAUAGUUUUGGCACAGCAAAUGUGGUUGAAGAACCCCCUUCCAAAAAGGUGUGAUACGUUGCUUUAACCAUGGUUAAAAGCAAGGUUUAAAAAGACAAUAACCCAGGUUAAGCGCAGUGUAAAAAAAGCCUCAUAUGUUGUGUGAAAUUGUUGAGUGUUAUUGUUGCUGUAACUUCUGUAAUACUUGUCUACAGGACACUAAUAUAUUGUGUCCAAAGGUUUAUUUAACAUUUAGCAGGUCUAAAAUGAAGGACUUUCUGCUUAUAAAUGUUUUUGAAUAAAACUUUU